AUGAAGACGGACUUUCCCGACCCCGACAACAUCCUCAACUUUAUCCUGUCGAUCGAGCCGGACGAGGGCAUGUACCGCGGCGGAAAAUUCACAUUCGACUUUGCCAUCAACCAGAACUUCCCGCACGAGCCUCCCAAGGUGCUGUGCAGAGAGAAGAUUUACCAUCCCAAUAUCGAUCUCGAGGGCAAGGUGUGCCUUAACAUUCUACGGGAGGACUGGAAGCCGGUGUUGAACCUGAAUGCUGUCAUUGUGGGGUUGCAGUUUUUGUUCUUGGAACCCAACGCCUCGGAUCCUUUGAACAAGGAGGCGGCUGACGACCUGAGAAGCAACCGAGAAGGAUUCAAGAGAAACGUACGAACGGCAAUGAGCGGAGGAUCUGUUAAGGGAGCGCCAUAUGACCGGGUACUGAAAUAA